GCGCCCCCACUCACCUGUGCAGUGUUCGCGACGCACCCCGAGCGAACCGGAGGUGGGGAGCGUCCUCUCCCAGUGCGAGUGACAAACCAUCAUGCGCAAGUGUACCCUCAUAAGGCUGUAGUUUAGAAAACGUGCUAAUUUAUUUUCUGGAUAUCGGUGCCCUCUUCAGUGGUGAGGAUUUUUGAAAGAUUAUCAGUGACUGUUUGAGUGCGUUCACACCAUGAAGAUGGCCAGGCGAGGAGGCGCGGACCCAACACCCAUAUGCCGUUGCCGAGUGUUGUACCUGGGGUCCUCGGUGCCCCAGGUCACGAAGGAUGGCCUGCAGGGCAUCCAGGAACCCCUGAGAGAGCUGUAUCCUGCUGAAGGGGCGGUCAGUGCCCGAGGGAUCGACUCGUGGCUUUCUGUGUGGUCGAACGGACUUCUGUUGGAGAAUGUCGACGAGAACCAGAAAAAGGUCACUCGGUUCUUCCCCAUCGACUCUCUCCAUUACUGCGCCGCCGUCAGGUACGUGGUCGUGUCGGGCGGCGGGGAUGCGACCGUCCCGAGGUUCCUGCCGCUGGACUCGCCCUUCGCCCGGAACCCCAACAUCAACCACCCGCCGCUCUUCGCCUGCAUCAUGCGCAGGACCACAGGCAUCAAGGUGCUGGAAUGCCACGCUUUCAUCUGUAAGCGUGAGACGCCUGCCAAUGCGCUCGUGCGCUGCUGCUUCCACGCCUAUGCAGACUCCAUGUACGCCCGCACCCUGGAGGGCGGAAACAGCCAGUACGGCUCCGUGUACGGCGGCCGCGCCACGGAGGAACGGGCCAUUGAAAUCGAGGACUUCAGCAGUGCCGCUUCUGAAAUCAUUCCUGCGUCGGUGAACUCGUCCCCGACCCAGGAAGCGCCGGCCUCCCCGACCUCGCAGGGCUCGCCCGGCGACGAAAUAUCCAUAUACAACGGCGACGAGAAUCACAAGGUGUGGGCGGGGCCGCCGAAGACGGAGACGGACCUCAUCUACACGGAAUACAAUUCGGGCACGAUGCGAUCGGCGAGGUCCACGUCGUCGCUCUACGGCACGGCCGGCGGCACGAGACCUGCGCGGCCGCGGCAGAUGAUCAUGCCCUCCGUGGCCCCGCCGCCGCCCCCGGAGAUGGACAAGGACAAGAAGUCAAAGAAAGACUCGAAAAAUAAGUCUCGGCGCGACGACGACGAGAUGAGUCGCCUGACCAACGGCGUCCCGACGCGCCCCGCCAGCGUCGUCAACGGCGGCCCGCGGCACCACAACGGCAGCCUCCCCAGGCACAUGAACGGCCACUCUUCGCCGCCCAAGGGCAAGGGCAAGUUCCCCCGCCUCCUGCACGGGAGCAGCAGCCUCUCCGACAGGAGGAGCAAGGGCAUGAGGGGCCCCCCACCCUUCAUCAUGGUCCAGGGGCCACCCGGGCCUCCUGGACCCCACGGGCCGCCCAUGCCUCAUGGCCCGCCGGGGCCACAUGGGCCGCCAGGACUUCAUGGGCCUCCUGGUCCCCACGGGCCACCAGGGCCACACGGACCCCCGGGGCCUCCCCACAUGGUGCCCCCCAUGGGUCCCCCGAUGGGUCCCAUGCCGCCUCCUCCUCCUCACAUGAUGCCCCUCCAGGGCCCUCCGCCUCCUCAUAUGCUGCCCCCGCCGGGCCCUCAUCACGCCAUGCUGCCUCCGCCCGGGCCUAUGGCAGCCUAUGGGCCCCCUGGACCCCACGGGCCUCCGGGCAGACGACCGCCAUCCCGCGUCCUCGAGGAACCUAUUUACAUGCCCUCCACGCGGCCUCUGAGCCCCACGGCCUCCUACCAGCCCGGCCACUUCCCCCACGAGCAGUACCUCCUGCAGCAGUACGCCACCACCGGCCGCCCCAAGCACAAGAAGAAGAAAAAGAGCAAAAAGGAAUCCGACGAGGACAUCUACGGCAGGAAGGGGCACCUGAACGAGCGAGCUUUCUCCUACAGCAUCCGGGAGGAGCACAGGUCUCGCUCGUACGGCUCCUUGGCGGGUCUCGGCGAGGACUCCAUGAGUAAGAAGGAUCGCGAGAUCCUCCAGAUGGUCGCGGACCUCGAUCUGAGCGGCGAUGAGCUGGAGCGCGUGGAGCCUCGGCCCGGAGUGUACCGCCCCCCGCACUCCGACCGAUUAUCCGCCGCGGGUACCAUCACCUCCAGGAUCUCCAGAGCUUCCCGACGGUGAACUUCCAGAGCGACGACAGGCAGAGAGGAAGCAACACUCAUCCAUCACCAGCGCCGAUCUUCUCGAGGAAAACAUUAAAAA